ACUUGUGACAUACAUUCCUCAGCAACAGCAGCUGCUGCCUAAUGACAGCUAAUAAAGGGAAUCUUCCCUUGACAGAGCUGCAUGCCUGCAGUGGGACUGGAAUGUGCCCAAGAUAAACCCACUGAUAACCUAGGAAGCAGGGAUCACCCAAAGAGUAUAAAAGACAAGCUUCAGAAGAGAGACAACAGGACAAGGAAGAAAGAGACUUGAAGGGACAUCUCAGAAGAAACAGCUUGAACUCCCCUACUCCCAACGAAGCCAGCGCCAUGGACACUAAAGGCUCAUUUUUCUAUGGCUUCCUUUUGCUGCUGCUCAUCCAGCUCCAGCCCAGCAGAGCCAACCCUAUCUACAGCCUCAGCCCUGCCAAAGAACUGGCCAGCAUGGAGGCUCUGCUGGAAAGAUUGGAGGAUAAGUUUGCAAUGAUGGAAGCCCUGGAGUCCAAUCCCGACCUGCAAGAACCCAAAACCCAGGAGGAGAUCCUGCCAGAACUCGCUGAUGACGGUGACAACCCGAAGGCUGAACCCAGGCUCGCACCCAACACCCCCCUGUCCUACAGGGACCCCUUCCUCAGGAGACUGAGGGGGCUGCAGAUGCCCAGGAUGAUGAGAGAUUCGGGCUGUUUUGGGAGGAGGAUUGAUCGGAUCGGCUCCCUCAGUGGGAUGGGCUGCAAUGGUUCCCGGAGAAAUUAGGAUCAACCUCCCUAGAGCCUGCUCUGAAGAAUGCUUUACAGUACCCCUUCCUCCCAAGAUGAAAGCCAGAUGCUUUCCAAGCUCCUCAAC